AUGGCCGAGGCUAUGGCAGAUAAAAGCCGUGUGCCUGACCAGAAGUUCACACGGGCUUAUGGCGAAUGGGGCAAAGGCAGAUGGGGUGGCUUGUUGACCGGAAACAUCCAAGUUGAUCCACGUAACCUGGGAAAUUAUUAUGAUCUUGCAACUCGUGAAUCAGCACUGAGAGAGGAUCAGCUAGAUGCGUGGAAGCAAUACGCCGCCGCCUGCCAGGAGCAAGGCACGCCAGUUAUCGCUCAGAUUUGCCAUCCUGGCCGCCAGUCCCCGAGAGGGGCAGGCGAAAGAGGCAUCUUUGGGACCCCUCUGGCACCCAGCCCAGUUCCGCUCAAAAUUGGAGAAGGCUGUGCGGCAUCCAUCAUCAGGAACAUUGCUUUUGGUGUUCCAAAGGAAAUGACUGUCUCGGAUAUUAAAGACGUAGUUCGGCAGUUUGUGAAUUCUGCUCGGUUCUUGGCGGAAUGCGGUUUUGCCGGUGUUGAGCUCCACGCUGCUCAUGGUUAUCUUUUAUGUGAUAAUAUACGCCAUGAUAAGUACGGUGGUAGCCCUGAAAGGCGCGCUCGCAUCGUUCUUGAAAUCAUAGAGGAAACCCGCGCUGCGGUGCCUGAGACCUUCUGCAUAGGCCUCAAGCUCAACUCUGCGGAUCAUAGCGCGUCGGACUUUGAGGACACCAUGAAACAGAUCGGUCUAUUUGCGGAGUCUGGAAUAGACUUUCUCGAGGUAUCGGGGGGGACAUAUGAGGACCCGACGAUGAUGGGCCGUGGGCUACAAGAAGAGACUGCAUCCGAGACAGUGCAGCGUACAGCAGCAAGAGAGGCAUUCUUCUUUGAUUUCGCUAAGGAGACAAGGAGGCGCUUCCCCGGUCUCAUCCUUAUGCUCACUGGAGGCUUCCGUAGUCGGCAAGGCAUCCAAGCCGCUCUGAAAGGUGGAGCGUGCGAUAUCGUCGGCAUCGGGCGCCCAGCAGUCGUUUGCCCAAACUUCCCCGAACUGAUCCUGGAUGAUAAGUAUACAGAUGAGGAAGCCAAAGUCAUUCUAGGAAAGGUACCAGCCCCUCUAUGGGCGAGGAUCCUUCAAAUCCGAGUAUUGGGUGGAGGUGCGGAAACGCAAUUUUACGCUGGACAGAUUAAACGUAUGGCUACCGGGUAUGCUACUCAUGCGCCUUAA